AUGUCCCGAUUCCUCCGUCCCGCAGCACGCCUGGCGUCCUCUGCCAGAGCUGCCUCCCUCCGCACCUCCCCCAUCUCUCAAUUCGUUAGCCGGCCUGCUGCUUUCACCAUCCAGUCACGGACAUAUGCCGACGCAAAGGGAACCAAGGACUACACUGUCCGAGAGGCCCUCAACGAGGCCCUCGCCGAGGAGCUUGAGGCCAAUGACAAGGUCUUCGUUCUGGGUGAGGAGGUCGCUCAGUACAACGGCGCAUAUAAGGUCACAAAGGGUCUUCUGGACCGGUUCGGCGAUAAGCGUGUCAUUGAUACACCCAUCACCGAGAGCGGUUUCUGUGGUCUCGCCGUUGGCGCUGCCCUCAGCGGACUGCACCCUGUGUGCGAGUUCAUGACCUUCAACUUCGCCAUGCAAGCCAUCGAUCAGAUCGUCAACUCCGCCGCUAAGACCCUCUACAUGUCCGGUGGCAUCCAGCCCUGUAACAUCACUUUCCGCGGCCCCAAUGGCUUCGCCUCUGGUGUUGCUGCGCAGCACUCUCAGGACUACUCAGCCUGGUACGGCAGCAUUCCUGGUCUGAAGGUCGUCUCCCCUUGGAGUGCCGAGGACGCCAAGGGUCUGCUCAAGGCGGCCAUCCGCGAUCCCAACCCCGUCGUCGUUCUCGAGAACGAGCUCAUGUACGGCCAGACUUUCCCCAUGUCGGAGGCUGCCCAGAAGGAUGACUUCGUUAUUCCCUUCGGCAAGGCCAAGAUCGAGCGCUCCGGCAAGGACUUGACCAUUGUCACGCUCUCCCGAUGCGUCGGCCAGGCUCUGGUUGCUGCUGAGAACUUGAAGAAGAACUACGGCGUCGAUGUCGAGGUUAUCAACCUGCGUUCCGUCAAGCCCUUGGACGUCGAGACCAUUGUUCAGUCUGUCAAGAAGACCCACCGCCUGCUUUCCGUUGAGUCUGGAUUCCCUGCCUACGGUGUCGGCUCAGAAAUCCUGGCUGUGACGAUGGAGUACGCCUUUGACUACCUUGAUGCGCCCGCCCAGAGGGUCACUGGUGCCGACGUCCCUACCCCUUACGCGGCCGGCCUGGAAGAGAUGGCUUUCCCUACUGAGCAGAUCAUUGAGAACUACGUCGCCAAGAUGCUGCGUCUGUAA